AUGGGGAAGAACGAUAUGAAUAUGGACACGACUGUUGAGUCUGGAGGACGUCGAUGUUUCCACAACAUCCUCUGCUUCACUGCCGUAUUCAGUGUGUCGUCAAUGGUGAUGGAGUCAGUUAAGUUGUAUACAGUGUCUCAGAUCACAGCUCUAGAAAAGCAAUUUGGGCUCAGCAGUACAAGAAGUGGUCUCCUCCUAAGCUGCAACGAAAUCGGCUAUCUCGUAGCUAUUUUCUUCUUCAGCCAUUUUGGGGGUAGACGUUUUAUACCUAGGAUCCUGUCCUGUGCAUCGGUUGUCUAUGGUAUUGCUAGUUUAAUUUUCGGUCUGUUACACUUCAUAAAUCCUGUAUCCCUUCCCCGAUUAGAGGACCAAGCCUCCAACUAUUCCUCUCCACAAAGUGCCAGGCUAUGUCAGGAUUCCGUGCAAGAAGAUGAGCAAUGUUCAGAUAUCAAGAACCAGGCGACGGACAGCAGUCAUUGGCAGUUCAACGUGUUUGCCGUGCUUAUGGUGAUACUUGGGUUGGCUAAAUCUGCACGGUCUUCCCUGGGUCUACCGUACGUUGACAAUAACUCCCGUGAUAAGCAGCAGUCAAGCUUACUGACAGGUAUCCUUAUGACUAUGGCGUUCCUUGGACCAUUUCUUGCCCUCAGUCUUGGCGGCUUCUUUAGCGACAUUCCAGUUGAUCUCAGCGACAUGCCGAGAUCGGUAUUACGGAUCUUGAAGAACCCAGUAGCUGGCAGUCUCAUGUUGGGAAACGUCUGUCUUUCGUUCUUCGUUGGAGGCUAUGUAGGAUUUGCUCCUAAAUACAUCGAGACCCAAUUUGCUACGUCAGCAUCUAGGGCGAACUUCAUAAUGAGUAUACUUGGGCUGUUGUGGGCAGUGUUUGGCACUUUACUGGGAGGCAUUCUCACCAGCCGACUCAGACUGACUAACAAGGGAUGUAUGAAGCUCACGACCAUAGUGAUGUUCACUGGAACUGCCCUCUAUUGUCUCACGUUGGUCUUUGGCUGUGACAGCCAGAACAUCAAAGGUCUAGGUGACAGCAGGUCUUCCAUGGUCAACGGUACUCCUUGCAUCUGUGAUGCAACUGAGUUCAUGCCUCUGUGUGGAGUUGACGGGGUGACGUAUAUCAAUCCCUGUAUUGCAGGAUGUCAGUCACAGAAUUACACAAUAACAUACACCAUGGAGCACAUAGUUUGUCGUCCUUGUAGGAAGAAAGUGAAGGGUUACCUUCCAUCACCUAUCGUUUAUGGAAAGGUCAUUGACACCACGUGCACUCUCUGGGAAACAACAUGUGGCGAGGUCGGCGCAUGUGCAGUGUAUGAUCUCCCAAGCCUACGGUAUCGUGUGAAAGGGAUGGACACGGGACUUUCUCUGCUGUCGUCAACUGUUUUCCUUGCAGCUUUUCUUUUUCUUAAAUAUGAUGUCGGUAAGACGAACCCUGAUUCCGAUGCAUCACCGACCCAGCCUGAAGCAGCUGAAGAUACAGAGAAACCCGAUGUCCACGUCGCACAGUCUUAA